GAGUGGGGGUUCCCGCCCGCCGCGCCACUCCGCCCCCCCACCCCCACACCCCACGCCCACACCCACACCCCACACCCACACCCACACCCCACACCCACACCCACACCCCACACCCACACCCACACCCUGUUUGAUCAACUGUCUGAGGGGGGGGGGGGAUUACUUGUGGGCUUUUCCAUGUUUCACAGGUAAGUCAGAAAGAGCUCAUAUUUUGGAUUUAGAGGUUUCAAAUGAUGAUCUAUCGUUUGAGAUCUUUAAAUCGAGUAUCCAAAUUUUGAGUGGUACCGGCUCCAUAUAAAAUUGAUAGGUCCUCUCACGAACCCUCUCUUAAAAGAACUCGUGACCAUGGGCUUAUGGAUUCGCGCUAUAACUAACUGUUUUACUUAAGUUUUCACUCAUUUUCAGGUACUUACUGGAACACCAAAUAUCGACUUUUCGAUCUAAAAUUCUCAGCUCAUAGAUGGAUCUAAUAAUUCUGGGAAUAACCUGAAAAUUUUAGUCGUAAAAAAUGUUCAUUCGUCUAGAUAUUGAAUUUCAAAUAAAUAGCUCUCUGUUGCAGACAUGUCGCAAAACUAAAUAUUUCGACAAAGGAAUAUUCUUUUCAGCUAAAACUUUCAAGAUAUUUCAAGGGCUAUCAGAUCUAUCUAUGGUCAGUAUUGCAGGUCGAAAAUUCAUUCUUGUGGACUCAAUAUGAGUUCAAACGGCGAAUCACAACUCAGGUAGUUCUCUCAUUAUCUAUGGUCCUUUUUUCUCAAUGACAAUAAUAAGCAACACAUGUCCAGUUCAGCAUCUAAUAAUAUCUAUGUCAAUAAUUAUUAGAUAUGAUCCAUUAAUUGAUUUUGUUUUUCUUUUUUUUUUCAGCCCAAAUUCGUAACUAAAGAACAGCGUGAAGUUAAAGCUUUACGACGACGACAAGAACAAGCUGCAACUAUUUAUUCAUCAAAACAAGGAAGUGCUGAUGAAGAACAUGAAGAAGUAGCUAUUAAGGAACAAUAUCAUGGUAUUAUUAAGCGUAAAAUUUGUCGUUUGAAUGAUGCAAAACUUGUUUUUGACUGGGAUGUUGGUGAAUAUAGAGCUGUCAAUUAUAAUCCAAUCUAUAAAGAAAAAUAUCAAAUAUCAACUUUAGAUAGCAUUUGUACAGAUGCAUUUAUCAAUGAUGAUAAAAAUAAAGCUUCCAUACAAUACUUCAAUAUAUCCAAUAUACAUUGA